AUGCAUGACUUGUUGCCUUUUUUUUUUGCUAUAGCCGCUUCAUCUUGGGCGAACAAGGAAGAAACGAACAAUUCCACAAUUCUUGUUGUGUUCCUCUUCUCCUUCAUCCAUCUCUUUUUCGUCUUUAUUCCUCUGCUGGUCGGGAUAUUAUCCUCUUUCAAACUACCAUCAACUUUUUUUCCCUUCAAACUAUUUUCCAUUUUUUCUUUUCUGUUCCUCUCUUGUUUCUAUUUUGUGUUUUACUAUGGAAUUUUUUUUCGUUUCGUUGCCUCUUUUCACACACAAAUUUUCAUGACUCACAUAAACCCCAUGGUGUUUUCGAGACGGGCCCUCGACAUCAAAACAUAUGCGGAAAAUAAUCAUUUUCGAGACAUCUAA